AGCCAGGAGGCAGGGCGCGGGGGAGCGGCGCGGUCAGGCGCUCCGCUCCAGAGUUGAGUGCAGGUGAGCUCCUGCGCGUUCCGGGGGCGCCGCUUCCUCGAGUUACCUGCCCGCCGUUAACCGCGGCGCGCCAGAGGUGGUCUCCUCCAGGCCCUCCCUCCCAUUGCCCCAAAUUAAUGCUGACUGAACGGAUCGGUGCGAGGGUGGGAGAGAAAAUUAGGGGGAGAAAGGACAGAGAGCAACUACCGUCCAUAGCCAGAUAGAUUAUUUUACACUGAACUGAUCAAGUACUUUGAAAAUGACUUCGAAAUUUCUCUUGGUGUCCUUCAUACUUGCUGCACUGAGCCUUUUAACCACCUUUUCUCACCAGCCAGACCAGCAAAAUGUUCUACUAGUUUCUUUUGAUGGAUUCCGUUGGGAUUACUUAUAUAAAGUUCCAACGCCCCAUUUUCAUUAUGUUAUGAAAUAUGGUGUUCAUGUGAAGCAAGUUACUAAUGUUUUUAUUACAAAAACCUACCCUAACCAUUAUACUUUGGUAACUGGCCUCUUUGCAGAGAAUCAUGGGAUUGUUGCAAAUGAUAUGUUUGAUCCUAUUCAGAACAAAUCUUUCUCCUUGGAUCACAUGAAUAUUUAUGAUUCCAAGUUUUGGGAAGAAGCGACACCAAUAUGGAUCACAAAUCAGAGGGCAGGACAUACUAGUGGUGCAGCCAUGUGGCCCGGAACAGAUGUAGAAAUACAUAAGUGCUUUCCUACUCAUUACAUGCCUUACAAUGAGUCAGUUUCAUUUGAAGAUAGAGUUGCCAAAAUUAUCGAAUGGUUUACAUCAGAAGAGCCCAUAAAUCUUGGUCUUCUCUAUUGGGAAGACCCUGAUGACAUGGGCCACCAUUUGGGACCUGACAGUCCGCUCAUGGGGCCUGUCAUUUCAGAUAUUGACAACAAGUUAGGAUAUCUCAUACAAAUGCUAAAAAAGGCAAAGUUGUGGGACACUCUGAACCUAAUCAUCACAAGUGAUCACGGAAUGACGCAGUGCUCUGAGGAAAGGUUAAUAGAACUUGACCAGUACCUGGAUAAAGACCACUAUACCCUGAUUGAUCAAUCACCAGUAGCAGCCAUCUUGCCAAAAGAAGGUAAAUUUGAUGAAGUCUAUGAAGCACUAACUCAUGCUCAUCCUAACCUUACUGUUUACAAAAAAGAAGAGAUUCCAGAAAGGUGGCAUUACAAAUACAACAAUCGAAUUCAACCAAUCAUAGCAGUGGCUGACGAAGGGUGGCACAUUUUACAGAAUAAGUCAGAUGACUUUCUGUUAGGCAACCACGGUUAUGAUAAUGCGUUAGCAGAAAUGCAUCCAAUAUUUUUAGCCCAUGGUCCUGCCUUCAGAAAGAAUUUCUCAAAAGAAGCCAUGAACUCCACAGAUUUGUACCCACUACUAUGCCACCUCCUUAAUAUCACCGCCAUGCCACACAAUGGAUCAUUCUGGAAUGUCCAGGAUCUGCUCAAUUCAGCAAUACCAAGGGCAGUCCCUUAUACACAGAGUACUAUACUCCUCCCUGGUAGUGUCAAACCAGCAGAAUAUGACCAAGAGCAGUCAUACCCUUAUUUCAUAGGGGUCUCUCUUGGCAGCAUUAUAGUGAUUGUAUUUUUUAUAAUUUUCAUUAAACAUUUAAUUCACAGUCAAAUACCUGCCUUACAAGAUAUGCAUGGUGAAAUAGCUCAACCAUUAUUACAAGCCUAAUGUUACUCUGAAGUGGAUUUGCAUAUUGAAGUGGAGAUUUCAUAAUUAUGUCAGUGUUUAAAGGUUUCAAAUUCUGGGAAACCAGUUCCAGACAUUUGCAGAAACCAUUAAGCAGUUACAUUUUUAGGUACACACACACACACACACACACACAGAGAGAGAGAGAGAGAGAGAGACCAAAAUACUUACACCUGCAAAGGAAUAAAGAUGUAAGAGUAUGUCUCCAUUGUUCACUGUAGCAAAGGGACAGAUAAGAUCCUGCUUUAUUUGGACUUGGCACAUAUAACGUAUAUAUUUAGUAACUUUGUACUAUGUAAAGUACCUUAUAUACUGCACUUUAAAUUUCUCUCCAGAUGGGUACUUUAAUUUGAAAUGCACUUUAUGGACAGUUAUGUCUUAUAACUUGAUUGAAAAUGACAACUUUUUGCGCCCAUGUCACAGAAUACUUGUUACUCAUUGUUCAAACUGAAUGAAAUUUCUAAUAAUCCCAAAUAAUGAAUGUAGAAAUCUAUCUCCAUAAAUUGAGAGAAGAAGAAAGUGAUAAGUAUUGAAAAUUAAAUGUGAUAACCUUUGAACCUUGAAUUUUGGAGAUGUAUUCCCAACAGCAGAAUGCAACUAUGGGCAUUUCUUGUCAUAUUUCUUUCCAAAGAACAUGAUUUGCAUUUAUUUUUCCCCAAAAGAGAGUCAAGUACUGACAGAUUCAUUCUAACUAUAUUGUUUCUGUCAUAAAAUUAUUGUGAUUUCCUGAUGAGUCAUAUUACUGUGAUUUUCAUAAUAAUGAAGACACCAUGAAUAUACAUUUUUUCUAUAUAGUUCAGCAAUGGUCUGAAUAGAAGUGACCAGGCACCAUCUCAGCAAUGUUUUCUCUUGUUUGUAAUUAUUUGCUCCUUUGAAAAUUAAAUCACUAUUAAUUACAUUAAAAAUCAAAUUGGAUAAAA